AUAUAUACACAUUAUGACAAAAUAAAGAGCUUAAUCUUCAAGACAUAAAGACAUAGAAGCAUACCCAUGUAUAAAGGUUCUACACAUUCCAUUUCUCCAUAGCAAUAGAAUGUAAACAUUCUAUUUUGUGCCAAACAUUGCCUACAACUCAAUUCUAAGUGCAGCAUAUUGGACGACUCCACAGUAAUUGAUCAUUCGCGACUUUAACUUAUUCCUGUUAUCUCUAGAGCAUCUCGUAUAUCUAUAGCGCUGCGUUUCUACCCCAUCUUACCAUGGAUAGGGUUUGGUGCAUUCCGGAGUUCACUUAUGGUCCCACAAAGGAAUUCUGCAGAAGCAGCCUUUAUUUCCAGACUCUGCAGGCCUGCUGGGAGGAAACAUAUUACAAUAAACAGAAGAAGCUCAUGGUCCACUAUCUGCUGCUCCAGAGUCAAGGCCAGGUCCCGCACCAUGUCACCACGGAGCACAUGAGCGACUGGCUGGUGUCUCAGGGCAAAAAAUCCCUUAGGGAGAGGGUGUGGAAGGAAACCCUGGAGGAGGGGAAUGACCUCGCUCGGCUGACCUGGGAAGUCAACACUUGCCUAAAAAUGAUAGACAUAGAGCACGAGGCUGUCUGCAAGCUCCGCCGCUCCUUGCACGCCACCUCGCCAGCUGACAUCGACCCUAAGGUCCACAGCAUCGUGGAAAGAGCUGUAAGGAGCAUUAUGGGCGAGCUGUCCAAUGAGCCCCAUAGCAACCUGCUCAGCCCAUCCCAGGUGGUUGUGGAGGUGGUGCCCAGGCUCCUCCUGGCCCUGUGGAUUCAGCCAAAGGAAGGCCAUUCAGGGCACCCAAUCCUAGUAAGCGGGAUGGCCGUGGGCAUGGUGGCGGCCGUAGUGGAGAAGCUCUCCAGCAUGUUAAAGGCCCCUUCCCCUCAAAUCCCUUUCUCCCGCGCUGCGGCUUUUGAAUCUGUGUGGUCAAUCCUCGGGAGAAUCAGUCUGUCCUUCUCCACGGAUGACCUCCAGAGCCCAUUUUAUGUGAGAUCUGUCUGUGCCUUUGUGGCUGAUGAAGUCCAGAGCUGCUUCCAGCCCCCUGCAGCCACCUUACCAGUCCUCCCUGUCGUCGCUGUGGCCGUCUCCACUGCACCUCCAGACAUCCUAGCAGAGGCAGACCCGGCAUCUUCCCACCUGGACGUCGUGGACAUCACCCAUAACAUACAGGCAGACCAGGCAUCUUCCCACCUGGAAGUUGCGGACAUCGGCCCUAAAACAGAGGCAGACAGAGCUUGUUCCCACAUGGAGGUUGUGGACAUCACCACUAACACAGAUGCAGACUCGGCGUCUUCCCACCUGGACGUCGUGGACAUCACCGCUAACAUAGAGGCAGACCCUGCUUCUUCCCACCUUGAGGUUGUGGACAUCACUCAUAACAUACAGGCAGACAAGGCAUCUUCCCACCUGGAAGUUGCGGACAUAACACAUAAGGCAGAGGCAGACCCGGCCUGUUCCCAUCUGGAAGUUGCGGACAUCGGCCCUAAAACAGAGGCAGACAGAGCUUGUUCCCACUUGGAGGUUGUGGAAAUCACCCCAAAGACAGAGGCAGACCCGGCUAAUUCACACCUGGAGGUUCAGGACAUCACACCUAAGACACAGCAAGAUCCAGCUUCUUCCCACCUUGCUGUGAACAUCAUUCGUUGUGGAUGUCACACCUAA